CUCCCCUUCCCCCGUCUCUCUUGCUCGAAGCCUUUUUUCCCCCAAAUCUCGCGUGCUGCCCCCGCCCUGCUCCGCCCCCGCGCGCGAGCGUGCGCCCCCGAUCCGGCGGAAUCAGCCGGCGCGGCCGUCGAUUGGCGCCGCUUCUGCGGUGCGGGAGCGCUCGGCGCCGGCGCGGGCUGCGGAUCGAGGCCCGGGUCGGCGGAUUCGGGCGCCGCGGACGAGACCUACGCCGGAGUUUGUGACGGAGGUUUGGGCGGUUGGUGGCGGGAGUAGUAGCAGGAGGCGGGGUUGCAUAUGCGCGUGACGGUCACGCCAAAGGACGAGGAGAGGCUGGUCGGCUUGAUGGCGCGGGAGCGGCCGCGGUCGGCGGUGGUGACGGCGGGCGGGGAUUUGGUGACCGCUCCCGGCGGCGGCGAGGGGUCGGACGGGGACUCGUCGGGGUCGAUACAGGAGAUCACCGCCGACGACUUCAGGAAGGACUCGUCGUCCGGCGGCGCGUUGGGGUUCGGUGCUUCGGCGCCGCCGAGAUCUAGGUCUUGGACGGGCCCCCCGGCCAUGGGGUACAUGGCGCGGAGCUACGGGCAGGCGUUCCACAGCUUCGCGUGGCUGCAGGCCGUGCAGAAGAAGCCGCUCGUGGCGUGCCCGGCGCCAGAGGAGGUGGACGAGGACGAGGUGGAGCACGCCGUGGACGACGCCUCCGACGGGGAGAAGGAGGAGGGUGAGAUUGAGGAGGGGGAGGCUGUGGAGGGCUCGUCCUCGCCCCCUCGACCGCCUCCCGAGACCAUCGAUUUGGACUCCGAUGCGCCCGAGAAGUCGGAGUCGGUGUUUGCAGAGAGGAGUGGCGGCGCGGCACCUUCUGCGGCCUUCCAGGAGGUGGAGGUGGACUAUGACCAGCGCGUGGGGAGUAUCCUGGAGGAGCUCGAGAUGAUCUCCAUUGAGGAAGCUGAGAAGUCGUUCGAGGGCACGUGCGCACGUCUGCGUACAUGCUUUGAGAACCUGAAGCCGCUGUACCCUGAGAAUGGGAGCCCAGUGCAAAUUCUUGAUCCCCUAGUGCACCAAGCGUUCAUCGGCAUUGACACACUCACCACUGUGGCGAAGUCGUUCAACUUGCCGAGGAGGGAGCAGAAUAAGACAAUGCUUUUGAAGUUGUUGUUCCACAUCAAGAACAGAUAUUCAUACAUGCUGUCACCCGACCAGAGAGAUGAGCUGGACAGCCGUGUGAGGCAGUUAGUUUUUGAGGAAAAAGACAACGUCAGUGACCCAAGUACCAGUGGUGGCACAAAAGUGACAAAUGUACCGGAUACAUCUGGGCAGAUUUCAUCAGGGAGAUUGCCAUUUGAAUCAGGAGCAGCAAAUCCAUUCAGUGCCUCUAGCUUGCAGAGGUUGGAAGUACCUGCAAAAAGGAUUAGUCCCUUGUUGGAUCUUCAUGCAGACUAUGACGAGAACAGCUUACCUUCGCCCACAAGGGAUAAUGCACCUCCUUUUCCUGUGCCAAAGCCUUUUGGAUCAUUUCCAAUGGUACCUAAGCAUCCAUCUUUCCCAGAGAGAGCUGAACCUGGAAGGAAUUCGAUAUAUCCAUCCUUAAAUGAUCCUCUGAAAGCUGUUUCGUCAUAUCAGCAGAAAUACGGGCAUAAAUCUGUCUUUCCAAGUGAUGAUCUGCCAAGUCCAACUCCUUCUGGUGAUGAGGGUAAAUCUGCAGACAAAGGUGGUGAUAUAUUUGGUGAAGUUUCCAGCAUCCCAAUUCCAAAGAAGACUGUGCCAAGUAAAAGUCAGAUGCCUGCCUCCCAACCUAACACAGUCAGCAGCAGCAAUAUUAGUUAUGCAGGUGGUCCACCUGGCUAUGGUAAACAAGCUGAGCAGUCGGCUGUGGGUCCAAAUAAUGCACUAAAGACUACAUCCAAAAAUAGAGAUCCAAGGCUCAGGUUUUUGAACCGUGAUUCUGCUGGUGCUACAGAUGCGAAUCAGCGUGUGAAUCCGAAAGAUGGGAAUUUGGGUGUUGGAGUUCCAAUUAUUAACCGUAAACACAAGGCAGUGGACGAACCUCAGGUGGAUGAAAACUUGUUAAAAAGAUUUAGGAAUGGUUCUGGGGAUCCAAGAAAUGUGCUGGUGCCAACAGGGAAUCCCAAUCAGCUUAUGACCAACAUGAGGGCUCUGCCAAAUAGCAGCGGAACAAAUACACCAUUUUUGCAACCCUAUAAAAGUUCUGCUGCACAAAUCAGUGCACCUCCUGCUGUUUCAUUGCCGCCUUCUCUAUUAAAGGACAUUGCUGUGAACCCAACAGUGCUGAUGAAUUGGAUUAAAAUGGAACAGCAGAAGAUGUCAGCAUCAGAACCUCGGCAGGUAGCUACUGCCAAUGCCAUCUCUAGUGGUAUGACCAAUAUUGAAAAUGCUGGCACAGUUUUACCACCUGGCAACGCUCCAAAGACUACAGAAGCUGCACAAGUUCUCUCCAUUAGGCCACAGGUUCCAAUGCAGACACCACCUUUGAACUCACAAAACGAUGCUGGUGUACUACGCAUGAAGCCCCGUGAUCCCAGGAGGAUCCUUCAUAAUAACGUAGCCCAGAAAACCGAUGCAGUGGGCUUGGAACAAGUCAAAUCUAAUGGAACUGCUCAGCCAGAUUCUCAGGGCACCAAAGAUCAGACUGCUUCAAUUGUUUCUCAACCAGCAUUGCUGCCUAGCAUUGCACGGCCGUUCUCCUUGAGCACAAAGCAUGUUGAUCCUGUCUCAAAUUCACAGUUAGCUGCUACAGCUCUUAUGGCUCCCAUGGCACAAACUUCAGUCAGCAUAAAAAGGGCAGAUCCGAGGCUAGCAGUUGAACAAAAUGGUCAUAAUGCUGAUGCAGCAAAUGCUCCUGUAAUACCACUUGAAGCUGUGCAGCCAGUUAUCCCAUGGGGUGAUGUUGAUCAUCUCCUUGAUGGUUACGAUGACCAACAAAAAGCUCUCAUACAGAAGGAAAGGGCAAGACGGAUCACAGAACAGCAAAAAAUGUUUUCAGCGCGGAAGCUAUGCCUGGUGCUUGAUCUGGAUCACACACUACUUAAUUCUGCAAAGUUUAUAGAAGUGGACUCUAUACAUGAAGAGAUCUUACGGCAGAAAGAGGAACAGGACAGGUCAUUGCCAGAACGCCAUCUCUAUCGUCUUCAUCAUAUGAAUAUGUGGACGAAACUGCGACCAGGAAUAUGGAACUUCCUUGAGAAGGCGAGUAAGCUCUUUGAGUUGCAUCUGUAUACCAUGGGAAACAAACUCUAUGCUACUGAGAUGGCCAAGGUUCUUGACCCUACUGGGACCUUGUUUGCUGGGCGAGUCAUCUCAAGAGGUGAUGAUGGUGAUCCAUUUGACAGCGAUGAUCGAGUGCCCAAGAGUAAAGAUCUGGAUGGUGUGUUGGGGAUGGAAUCUGCAGUGGUAAUCAUAGAUGAUUCUGUGAGAGUGUGGCCUCACAACAGACAUAAUUUGAUAGUUGUAGAGAGAUACACCUAUUUCCCCUGCAGCAGACGUCAAUUUGGCCUUCCUGGACCAUCGCUUCUCGAGAUAGACAGAGAUGAGAGGCCAGAGGAUGGUACCCUUGCUUCUUCACUGGCAGUCAUUGAGCGAAUUCACCGCAACUUCUUUUCUCAUCCUAACCUCAAUGAGGCUGAUGUGCGAAGCAUACUAGCAGCUGAGCAGCAGAGGAUCCUUGCUGGCUGUCGUAUUCUCUUUAGCCGGGUUUUCCCCAUUGGGGAUACCAAACCCCACGUGCAUCCUCUGUGGCAGACUGCAGAGCAGUUUGGUGCAGUCUGCACGAACCAGAUUGAUGAUCGUGUCACUCAUGUUGUUGCCAACUCCCUCGGGACAGACAAGGUGAACUGGGCACUAUCCACUGGCAGAUUCGUGGUGCACCCAGGAUGGGUAGAAGCUUCAGCUCUGCUGUACCGGCGCGCAAAUGAGCUUGACUUUGCCGUCCAAACGACCUUAUGAGAGGCCCCAUAGGCCCCGGGAAGAAUUAUUCUUCUCGGGAUGGGAUCCGGUCAUGCAAACAUAACAUGAUAAAAAAAAACUAACAAACACACUAAUUAAAACCGGAUCCAUCUAAGAAUCGCUACCUCCAACAGAAAUCCAGCCUUUAAUACAACGGGCAACAAAAAACAAUUUAUAAAAAGCUGGAAAAGAGGGGUCUGGGACAAGCAGCCGAUGUCAUUAUCAGAGGUGGUGAGUCACUUGGUUCAGAAGUAUCUCAGAUAAGAGCCGAAUGUGUGCCAAAGCGAAGUCCAUUGUGCGCUCACAACGUGCUCUUUGUAACAUGUAAAAUUUGUGCAAUUUUGGUAGGAAUCGUAGGUCCAGAUGCCACCACAGAAAUGGGGUGUUUUGGGUAGCUGCCGUGGGCCACCCAUAGAAGUGGCAGUUGAACUGAUCAGGGCGGCACCAAUUUUGAACAAGGAAGUUUGCAUGUAUGUCUUAUAGGGUAAACUCUUGGGGUAAACGCUGAAAAGGCACAAGGACAGGACAACUGGGGGCGCUCGUUGGCUGGUUUAGUCGGUCCGGAUAAAGGGCAUGUAGAAUUGGGAGCCAAUGGUGGCUGCGAAUGAUAUUAUCGGUUGGUUACUGGUUAUUGCAUGUGAAAGAUUAUUGGGAAAAAAAAAAGAAACGCGCGACCGCGUUUUACCCAAAGUGUAUGCAAUCUUAGGGUCCCCGCAUGAAAAACCAAAAAACCGUUAAGAUUUCUCCGUA